AUGCAUAUCACCGGGGGGCAACCAGCACGGGCACCCGAGUUAUUAGGGGUGCGGAUGUGGAAUACAAUAAACGGGGGGGUGCAGAACAUUUUCAUCCACGAGGCGAUGUUAGUGUUGCCAUUUUGGCAGAACGUGCAGGGAACGAUCAAGCAGAAGAGGAGGACGAGUGCGUUUUUAUGGGCCGACGAGGUGGUGGGAGAGGAUGGAAGAAAGGAGCGGAAGAUAAAUACGGUGGUGAGCAGUUUUAAGGCGCGGGUUAAGGAGGAGAAGAAGGUGAAGAGAGAGGCAAAGGGCCAGCAGAGAGAAGCAAGGAAGCAGAGGAAAGAAGCAAAGAAGCAGAGGAGGGCGGAGGAGAGCAUAAGAAUGGGUAGAAGGGGUAGAGCGGCCGGGAGUGAGGAGGGAUGGGAGAUGGUUAGUGAUGAGCGUGAGACGGUGGAGGGUGAAGAAGAGUGGGAAGAGCAAGAUGGGCGUGAUGGAGACGAGGUGCCAGAUAUGGAGAGUGAAGACAAAGGGCCAGAUGUGGAGGGUGAAGACGAAGGGCCAGACGUGCCCGAGGCAACGCCAAAGCCCGAAGAGGACCAGGAAGAGGAGGCGGCGUUUAUGGAGUGGUUUCACGAGCCCAAAUGGACAAGUGAUCGAGCCCGGCGGGUGUUGCAGCAGUAUAGCGCCGAGUAUUCCGGGCACGAGUUGAACAUUAAUCGUUUUAGUACAUCAGCGUCGUGGCUAUGCGGAAACGGACUAAAGUAUCCGAGUGUCAUUGCGUGGAGCUUCCCAUUCACCGUGAGCGUGCGCUGCUGGCUCUGGCCGGGAAUCCAGACGCUUGCAAGCGCCGAGAAUGCAUCAUUGAGAAUUCCCUGGGUGAUGGGUCCGACAAGGACAAGGAUGAACCUCUCUUGA